AUGCUUGCGGUCCUAUGUGGGUCUACACAUCAAUACACGGCGAGCCCCUACAACAAGCUGUGGCAGGUGACAAACGGAAAUUCCACCAACUCAGCUACUACCAACGGCACUGCAGAUGCAGUGGCUGAGUCCGCAAAGCCAGCUGGAGACUCAGUUCCGGACUUGCAGCCUUGUCGCACGCGUUCUUCGCGCUCCCGAGGCUUGAGGCACCCCCGUGAUUGUCAUGGUCGUUGGCAGAAGGAUGGAUGUCGACCAAAGAUGGCGAAGGAAAAGUUGGCAGACCGACGCGCCGUGUAUUAUCAAGCUUCAUGUGGAAGGGAGGAGACACGCUCAGAUGUACCGAGAUGUAGCGAGAGGGUACAAUCCAGAACAAUUCAAGACUGCUCAGAAAUGCUUCAUAGCGAUUAG